AUGACAGGUGAGAUGGCGUUUGAAAAUAUCACCCCGGACUCAGCCGAAAACCCUCCAAACCAGAGCAGCUGCGAUGUGUUUGUCUACCAGAGGUCUGCCGUGGUGCUCUUCCCAAUUUUCUACUCUGUGGUUUUCAUUAUCAGUGCUUGCGGCAACAGCUUGGUCCUCUACGUGAUCUGCCAGAGGAAGCAGAAGUUCAACUCCACCUCUGUCUAUCUGGUCAACCUCGCGUUGUCCGACGCCCUGUUCACACUGGCGCUGCCUGGGCGAAUUAUUUACUACAUCCGCCACUUUGACUGGCCCUUUGGUGACCUCCUCUGCAGACUGACAACGCUCCUCUUCUUUGCAAAUACAUAUGCAGGUAUUGGCUUCAUGACCUGCAUCAGUCUGGAUCGAUACCUGGCCAUGGUGCAUCCACACCGGCUGCAGUGUUUGCGAAGCGUGAGGGUGGUUCGCAGGGUCUCCUGCGUGGUCUGGGCCCUGGUCUCCCUGCAGGUGGCCCCCCUGCUGUUCCGCAGCAUGCUGCGCGAGCACCAGGGGAGGCGAACCUGCAUGGAGUACUUCAACUUUGAGGGCUCCCGCUUCACACCUUAUCUCCUGCUCCUGGCCUGCGCCGUCUCCUUCUGCUGUCCGCUCGCCGUCAUCGCCGGCUGCUACGCCAAGAUCAACCUGAAGCUGCGAGCCGCGGCCAAGCAGAACUCAAUGACCGGUCGAUCAAGGAGGAAUCACAGGGUCAACACCAUCAUUCUCCUCAUCCUCCUCACUUUUAUCGCGUGCUUCAGCCCUUACCACCUCAACGUCAUGCAGUUUAUGUCCAGAAAGAUACACCAUCAGGCAACGUGCGAGGAACUGAGGGCCUUUAAGGUGUCCUUACAGAUCACAGUUUCGCUCAUGAACUUCAACUGCUGCUUGGACCCAGUCAUCUACUUCUUUGCCAUUAAGACCUACAAGAAGCGGGUGCUGAGCCUGUUCAAGGACUAUCUGUAUACUUCCGCCGCCUCCUCCAAAAUGACAGCUGAGAACAGCAGCACAACACCUGAGAGAAACCACAGCUCAGCUUUACAGGAGAUACACAACCAGUGUCACAGAGAAGACCUACAUUAA